AUGGCCUCCGCUUUGCUGCCUUUCCCGCUGGACAUCCACAGCGGCGGAAUUGAUCUUCGCUUUCCCCACCACGACAACGAGUUGGCCCAAACCGAAGCUGCCAAGGACCGCCCCCAGUGGUCAGCAGCAGCAGCAGCAGCAGCAGCAGCAGCAGCAGCAGCAGCAGCGGGAGCUAGGAGCAGCAGGGGCACCAGCAGCAGCAGGAAGCAGCAGCAGCAGCAGCGGCAGCGAAAGCUAGGAGCAGCAGUAGCAGCAGCAGGGGCUAGCAGAAGCAGCAGCAGCAGUAGUAGCGGGAGCUAG